AUGUGUGCCAACAUGGUGUCAGACGUGGAAAAGGACCGUAUAUCCUCUUCUAUGCAAAGUGUAACACAGGAUGGGCUAGAAUUUCGGGAUCCCGCAACGACAGCUUCCGCACCCAGGUAUCAAAGAUGGACACGACACAUCAAAGGACUGGAGACCCGCGGCAUUGAACCGGUUCCGUUGGAUGAACGCUUAGAACCAAAUGCAUCGAAUUCGCUCCAUAUGUUGCUGAUGUGGUUCAGUAUGGGGAUGUCUUUGAACAACAUCGUGGUGGGAUCAAUAGGAACUUUAACACUGCAACUGAGCUACGCCGAUGCUGCUCUUUGCGCGGUUUUUGGAAGUCUCCUCGGAGGCCUGGCAGUUGGGUGGAUGAGCACUUGGGGUCCCCGAAGUGGAAAUCGAACACUUAUCGUGGCGAGAUAUUUCAUGGGCUACCAUCCCAGCAAAGUCUGCUGCUCCUUGAACAUAUUAACAAACCUGGGAUAUGGAAUGAUGAACUGUAUGAUCGGGGGACAGCUGCUUUCCAAGUUGUCAGGGGGCGCUGUCUCCGUCAUUGUGGGCAUUGUCAUCGUCGCCCUCGCAAGUUGGAUCAUGGCAACAUUCGGCAUGCGUAUCUUUCAAAUAUACGAGAGGUUCGCCUGGGUUCCUCAGUUGAUGGUUCUCUGUGUUAUCACCGGAUCAGCAGGCCCAUAUUUCAACUUUCAGGGCUAUUCUGCUGGAUCGUCAGAAAAGCUCCAUGGAAACCGCCUGGCCUUCUUCUCCCUUUGUCUAUCUGUCGCCCUUUCCUGGGUCCCAUUAGCUUCGGAUUACUACGUGAACUAUCCGCCAAGUACUCGGAAAUGGAAGAUAUGGUCCAUGACCACGAUAGGAUUAUGUCUAUCGAUGAUGACAACAUUGCUGAUUGGAGCUGGACUCGGGUCUGGCGUCGCCUACCGGCCGAAGUGGGCGGCUAUCUAUGACGGCAGCCCCGGUAGCUUAUUGAUGGCGGGAUAUCUAAGACUUGGGGCCUUUGGUAAAUUUUGUGCUGUCAUCAAUGUGGUGACGGUGGUCUCCAACAAUGCCCCUGGCUCUUAUUCCAUGGCAAUGAACUUUCAGAUGCUCGGAAACAUGUGGCGAAAGAUCCCCCGGCCUGUCUUCACCAUACUUUCGACCAUCACAUACGCAGCCUGUGCAAUCGGGGGCCGCAAUUCGUUGUAUGAGAUUUUCAAGAACUUUUUACCGCUUAUCGGUUACUGGGUCGUCAUCUGGUUUGCCAUUGUGGUCGAGGAAGACCUGCUCUUCAAUCGAGGCACUGGUUAUGACUGGUCCAUUUGGAAUGUUCGGCAGAAACUUCCGGUUGGAAUGGCUGCUAGCGCGGCUUUCCUCAUCGGCUGGGUGGGAGCUAUUGUGGGGAUGGACCAAGCUUAUUAUACCGGGCCAAUUGCCCAAGAGAUUGAGGGCGGUUGCGACUUAGGCAUCUGGCUUGGAUUUGGAUUCACAGCCCUUGCUUUUCCACCCCUCAGAUUGUUGGAACUAAAGAUCAUUGGCCGUUGA